AACAGAGAUUGCGAUUGAGCUGCAUUUCUCUUUCUUUUUCCAUUCUCUUUCUUUCAGUAGAAGUAUGUAACAGCCAACUGAGAGGAAGAAAAAAGAGCAUCUCUGCAGCUUUCAAUCUGGUGCGCAUUUAAUUUGGAAAAUGGAUCAUAAAGAAAAGUUAUGUGCAGAUGCCUGGGCAAAUCCUUCCUCUGGGAAUGAUUUAACAAAUGAGAUUUCCGCAGAUUGUCCUACUUUUGCCAAUUUCAAACCACAGCUCCAUCAACAGAAGUGGGAAGAUCCCUCUAUUUUAGAUUAUGGUGGCAUCGGGAUUGAACCAUCCUUCCAGGAAUUCAACCAGCCUUCUGAAACUCAAACAUCCCUUCCUUGCAACUCCAAUAAUGAUACAAAAAUGGCAGAUCGAGAAGAUGGUCGGAUGUGUGAGACACCCCAGGCCAAUAAAAGUCAAGAUUGGGAUCCAAGAACAAUGUUGAACAAUCUCACUUUCUUGGAACAAAAGAUCCACCAGCUCCAGGAUUUAGUGCAUUUGAUUGUCGGCCGGAGAGGUCAAGUUCUAGGACGACCAGAUGAACUUGUGGCUCAGCAACAGCAGCUCAUAACCGCUGAUCUGACUUCAAUUAUUGCUCAGUUGAUCUCUACUGCAGGUAGUCUUCUACCAUCCGUGAAGCAUACACUUUCCACCACGACACCUUCUAUUGGACAGUUUGGGCAGCUUGGUGGGUCAUUUGUUCCUUCUGGAGUAGGAAAUGAUGCUUCUGUGAAGCUGCAAAAUAGUAAUGGAAGCAAAUUAGCUGAUCAAUCCAACCACACUGAUCUAAUCAGUAAUUAUGGGACUGAGCAAAACUACAGCAUUGAAGAACAUGAAUCAAAAGACGAAGAAGAUGCUGAUGAAGGUGAGAACCUUCCACCUGGCAGCUAUGAAAUUUUACAGUUAGAGAAAGAAGAAAUCCUUGCACCUCACACUCACUUCUGUGCAAUAUGCGGAAAGGGAUUCAAGAGGGAUGCAAAUUUAAGGAUGCACAUGAGAGGUCAUGGAGAUGAGUACAAAACCCCAGCAGCACUUGCGAAGCCCAACAAAGAAUCUAGCUCUGAACCAACCCUUAUCAAAAGGUAUUCCUGCCCUUAUGCUGGCUGCAAGCGGAACAAGGAUCACAAAAAGUUUCAGCCAUUGAAGACUAUUUUAUGUGUCAAAAAUCACUACAAGAGAACUCACUGUGACAAAAGUUACACUUGCAGCAGAUGCAACACCAAGAAGUUCUCUGUUAUCGCAGAUCUUAAAACUCAUGAGAAGCAUUGUGGUAAGGACAAGUGGCUUUGUUCUUGUGGCACUACCUUCUCAAGGAAAGACAAGCUUUUUGGGCAUAUUGCCCUUUUUCAAGGCCACACUCCUGCCAUACCCCUUGAUGAAACGAAAGGAACUCAAGGGCCAGCUGACCAUGGGGAAGGCAGUGAAGCAUCAAACAGAGUUGGAAAUAUAAACUUCAGUUUUAGCUCCACUGCUCCUGGUGGGGUUGGUGUGGUUCAAAGUCUCAUGGAUGUGAAAGAAAGUAUCAACGAUCCUACUAGUUAUUUCUCACCAUUGAAUUUCGAAACAUGUAAUUUUGAUGGGUUUCAUGAGUUCCCUCGACCCCCAUUUGAGGAUUCAGAGAGUUCAUUCUCUUUUCUCAUGCCGGGGUCUUGUAAUUACACUCACAAAACUGGAGGCGAGCCAAAUUCGAAUAAUCUGGACUGAUAUUUAUGACGGCUCGCCACCGGGGUAUGGUUUUCUGUAACAAUUGUAAGAUUAGGUGAUCCCAUGUAUUAUGUGAUUUCUCGAGCUUAAAUAAAAUCAUUUUCUUCACUACUUUGAAACU